CGCUGGCCCUUUAACAGCCCCUUCCCGAGGGCCUGCCCCGCGCGUGCGCACUGCGGUUCUGCGCUUGUCAUCAUGGCGACGCGGGGCCAUGUGCAGGACCCUAACGACAGGCGCCUCCGGCCCAUUUACGAUUAUCUUGAUAAUGGUAAUAAUAAAAUGGCAAUUCAGCAAGCAGAUAAAUUGUUGAAGAAACAUAAGGAUCUUCACUGUGCUAAGGUUUUAAAGGCAAUUGGUUUACAGAGAACUGGAAAGCAAGAGGAAGCCUUCAUGUUAGCACAGGAGGUGGCAGCCCUUGAACCAACAGAUGACAACUCGCUACAGGCACUGACUAUUCUUUACCGGGAGAUGCACCGACCGGAGUUAGUUACAAAACUUUAUGAGGCAGCUGUGAAGAAAGUUCCCAAUAGUGAGGAGUAUCACUCUCACCUCUUCAUGGCUUAUGCCAGAGUGGGCGAAUAUAAGAAAAUGCAACAGGCUGGCAUGGCUCUAUAUAAGAUUGUCCCCAAAAACCCUUACUACUUUUGGUCUGUGAUGAGCUUAAUUAUGCAAUCUAUAUCAGCACAGGAUGAAAACCUCUCAAAAACGAUGUUUCUGCCCCUCGCUGAAAGAAUGGUAGAAAAAAUGGUGAAAGAGGACAAGAUAGAAGCCGAGGCUGAAGUUGAACUUUAUUAUAUGAUCUUGGAACGUUUGGGAAAGUACCAGGAAGCCUUGGAUGUUAUCAGAGGAAAAUUAGGAGAGAAGUUGACAAGUGAGAUUCAAAGUCGGGAAAAUAAAUGCAUGGCUAUGUAUAAGAAGCUGAGCAGGUGGCCAGAGUGCAAUGCCCUUUCCAGGCGCCUCUUAUUGAAAAACUCAGAUGACUGGCAGUUCUAUCUGACUUACUUCGAUUCUGUCUUUCGACUGAUUGAAGACGCCUGGACUCCUCCUGCUGAAGGUGAACACUCUUUAGAAGGAGAAGUGCAUUAUUCUGCAGAAGAAGCUGUGAAGUUUAUAGAAGAUCGGAUAACAGAAGAAUCUAAAAGUUCCCGCCAUCUCCGAGGACCACAUCUUGCUAAACUGGAACUGAUUAGACGUUUAAGACGUCAAGGUUUUAAUGAUGAGUACAAACUGGGUGAUCCAGAAGAAUUAAUGUUCCAGUAUUUCAAAAAGUUUGGGGAUAAACCUUGUUGUUUUACAGACCUCAAGGUGUUUGUUGACCUCUUGCCUGCUACACAGUGUACAAAAUUUAUUAAUCAGUUACUUGGAGUUGUUCCUUUGUCUACACCAACCGAGGAUAAGCUGGCACUGCCCGCGGACAUCAGAGCUCUGCAGCAGCAUCUGUGUGUGGUGCAGCUGACGAGGUUGCUCGGCUUGUACCACACUAUGGAUAAAAAUCAGAAACUGAGUGUGGUCAGAGAACUCAUGUUAAGGUACCAGCAUGGACUAGAAUUUGGGAAAUCCUGUUUGAAAACCGAAUUGCAGUUUUCAGACUAUUACUGUCUCCUUGCUGUCCAUGUGCUUAUUGAUAUAUGGAGAGAAACAGGUGACCAGACUGCUGUGUGGCAGGCCCUGACUUUGCUGGAAGAGGGAUUAACCCACAGCCCUUCCAAUGCUCAAUUCAAAUUGCUGCUUGUUCGAAUCUACUGUGUGCUGGGGGCAUUUGAACCAGUGGUGGAUCUGUACUCCAGCCUUGAUGCUAAGCAUAUCCAGCAUGACACCAUUGGCUAUCUUUUGACCCGAUACGCCGAAUCCCUAGGUCAGUAUGCUGCUGCAUCCCAAUCCUGUAACUUCGCACUCAGGUUUUUCCACUCCAACCAGAAAGAUACCUCAGAAUAUAUUAUUCAAGCUUACAAAUAUGGUGCAUUUGAGAAGAUCCCAGAGUUUAUCGCUUUUAGGAACAGGCUGAAUAAUUCUCUUCAUUUUGCACAAGUCCGUACUGAACGGAUGUUGUUAGACCUUCUACUUGAAGCAAAUAUAUCAACCAGUUUAGCAGAAAGUAUAAAGUCAAUGAAUCUUCGGCCAGAGGAAGAUGACAUUCCAUGGGAAGCCUUGCGAGACAACAGAGAUUUAAAUGUUUUCUUUAGCUGGGAUCCAAAAGACAGGGACGUUUCUGAAGAACAUAAGAAACUUUCCUUGGAGGAGGAGACCAUGUGGUUAAGAAUCCGUUCCUUAACAUUGAGGCUGAUCAGUGGACUUCCAAGUCUAAACCACCCCGUGGAGCCAAGGAACUCGGAAAAGACCACUGAGAAUGGUGUGUCCUCCCGGAUUGAUAUUCUUCGUUUACUCCUUCAACAGCUGGAGGUGGCCAUGGAGACGGGAAAGCGAUUUAUUGAGAAGGAAGUUCAGUAUCCUUUCCUUGGUCCUGUACCUACCAGAAUGGCUGGAUUCUUUAGUUCUGGCUGUUGUCAGUGUCAGACCAGUUCUUUUUAUCUUGUUAGUGAUAUUUAUGAGCUGGACACCAGUGGUUUAGAGGAUACAGUGGAGAUCCAGGAUCGAGUAGAGAAUAGUCUUAAGUCUUUACUAGAACAAUUAAAAGAUGUCUUCAGUAGAUGUAAAGGUGACCUCUUAGAAGUUAAAGAUGGUAACUUGAAAACACGCCCUGCUCUUUUAGAGAACCUAGUCUUCUUUGUUGAGACUAUUUCUAUUAUCCUUUGGGUGUCCAGUUACUGUGAGAGUGUCCUGCGACCAUACAAAUUAAAUUUACAGAAAAAGAAAAAGAAGAAAAAAGAAACCAGCAUCAUCAUGCCACCUGUCUUCACCAGUUUCCAAGACUAUGUUACUGGGCUUCAGACUUUAAUUUCCAACGUCGUGGAUCAUAUUAAAGGGCUUGAAACACAUCUAAUUGCACUUAAACUUGAAGAACUUAUUUUAGAAGAUACUUCUCUCUCACUGGAAGAGAGAAAAUUUUCAAAGACUGUGCAAGGCAAGGUGCAGAGCAGUUAUCUACACUCACUUCUGGAAAUUGGAGAGCUGCUGAAAAAAAGACUGGAGACCACAAAGAAACUAAAAAUUUAAGGAAGUGUGAACCACAGGCACCAAUGACUCUACAGCAGAAAAUGACAUCAUCUUCCCAGGCAAAAGCUACAACUGGUUGACCAUCAUUUUAAUCCAGAACUUCCUCAUAAAAUGCAUGAAGGACUUUGAUUGUGAAUUAAUUUUUUAGGUAUUAAAUGUAUACAACUGAUUAAAUUAUUGUAUAUAAAGCAGAAGCAGGACCCUCAUCUGGGUUUGACCACUUUUUAUACAUGUUCAUAUGCAUAUGGCAGCCUCAAGAGAGCCCCACUUUUCUUCUU